GAGUCAGCGACACGAAGUAACAUGUAAAAAAUGACAAAACUAUUGGCCUUGUCUCUUGUGUUGAGUGCGUUAUUUACAGUGGGCCACUGCACGGGUUCUGAGGAUGACAUCAUCGUGAGAGACGGCCACCGUGUUGUUGUGGUGGAGUACGACAGAGACGGCGAAACAAACACUAGAGUCUUGAUUUCACCUCCGGGGAAAGAAGUAGAUCAGAAGAGCAGAGACGAAGGAGAAGUGUUUGGAAAUGAGAAGAGAGAAACGGCGUCGUCUCUUCCCGAAGAAGAGGAGCGUGAACACCACGCGACGCCAGGGGAACUUAUAUGCGAUGCAAUUGGUAAGUGUAAGCACAAGCUGGGGACUGUGUUAGGGAGAGUCAAAGAUCGAACGGCUAGUGAUCUUUCCGACGAAACGCCUGAAAUGACGGUCGCACGUGAGGCACUUGAAGUGGAAGAGAAGGUCUCCUGGAAAGCCCGUGAAGCUAGGGGAAAGGUAAACGAGAGGGCCACAAAGAAGGCUCAUAGGGUCCAAAAAGUUUUGGAGAAGGUACAGAUCGCGGUGCGGGGGAUAGGAACGGUGGUUGCGACGGCGCUGGGGCUGACGAAGAUCGGGAGUGUGGUGGGAAUUGUCGGGAUCGCGGCGGCGUAUGGGAUGUGCGUGUGGGUGACGUUUGUGUCGGGCUACGUGUUGGCUUCGGUUCUUGGGGAGCAGCAAUUCGGUGUGGUGCAGAGCAAGAUGUAUCCGGUGUACUUCAAGGCAGUCUCUGUAGGGAUUUUGGUUGGGUUGUUAGGACACGUCAUAGGCCGACGCCGGAAGGUUUUUACCGAUGCGGUGGAUAUGUGGCAAUCCGUUAACCUCUUGUCCUCUAUCUUGAUGGUCGAAGCUAAUGCGUCAUUUGUUUACACACGAGCCACCAAGGCCAUGUUUGAGCUGAUAAAAGCUGAAAAGGAAGAUGGAAGAGGAUUUGACACGUCAGACCAGUCACAGUCUAGUGAAUCUGCCGGUCGAACCAGAGGAAAGAAGAAGGUUACAGAGAAGACGGAUGAGGAUGUGGUUAAGCAGAGACUGACAAAGCUGAGCGAGAGGAUGCGUAAGUUAAAUGCGUACUCUUCGCGGCUAAAUUUACUUACUCUCAUGUCUCUCACUUGGCACUUUGUGUACCUUGGCUACCGACUUAGCCUUACUUGUUGAGGGAUCAAGCCACUGAUACUUUAGUUGUUUUUUGUUUGUAUCUGGUUUAGUGUUUUGUAGUUCUCUUUCUUCUUUUUUCAAGGUUGAGUAAAUUAAAGAAAAUUAACUUUCUAUAGAGGGAAUGGUUUUUGCUUUACAGCGUUACACAUAAUGAGAAUUGAGUAGAA